AUGGCUGCGCAUCCGGAUUAUUCUUAUUCAGCGACAUUCGGCCGUUUUCCAGGCCAAGAUGGCGGCUGGGAUGUUUCACUCAGCAUGGAGAGGAGUGAAUCCCAAUCGACCAGCUGUACGGUCGACAGCAACUACACGGCUAGCGCUUCGUUUUCAAGACUCUCUUCGCCGACAGAGUACUCGUCAGAAUCCGCUUUUUUCAUCGAUGAUGACUACCUGCACUGCCAGGCAUCGUCAUACCCGGACCCAACGUCUUUUGACGAGCUCAGGAACGCCAACCACAUGCUUUCUGCCACCGGGUCUCAGUACCAGGAAAGCGACCACCACAUGCUUUCUGCCACCGGGUUUCAGUACCAGGAAAGCGACCACCACUUGCCCCGGGUGCCGCAGUUGUCGAGCGCUUCACAGCCGCUCAACUCCCAGGCGAGCAUUGAGAAAGCCGCAUGGCGCGCCACUCUGGCUGCAAACUCGCUUGUCAUAACCCGGCCGUCGUUUGGAGACCACGGCCCAUCAGUUAUCACCUUUGAGGCGGUCGAAGAAGCCCUCCAGAGGCAACUGGAGCAGGGCUUUGAGGAACCGGUUCGCCCGGCCGUGCAGGACAUUCUCUACCAGGAGCUUUCCCCUCGCUUCCAUAAGAUGGAUCUCUUUCACGCUGAGAUGACCAGGAUACUGGAGGAGGCGGCCUACCAACUACAGAUACGCCUCCAGGGCCCAAAAGUGAUCGAUAUAUGUUACUAUGCCAUCGUAGCAAUCCUCGCCAGGUUGAUCCGGAUUCCGGAAUGUGCUACGAACGCUGCGAAUUCCGAGUCUGUCCUGACAAGCAACCCCACCUCUAGAGCACCGUCCGAGAAGGAGAGAUUCAAAUGCCACAAAUGUAACAAGACAGCCGGCCGGCAGGCCGACCUCGAGCGCCACUUCAGAAUCGUGCAUCUCGGUGACGACCAAAAGGUCAAGUACCUGUGCGACUACAAGCGAUGCGCCCGACACACCCUGCCCUUCUUCCGCCAGGAUCACUUUCGCGACCACCUGCGCAUCUACCACAAGGAGGACCUGUUGCGGCGAGGCCACAACAAGGCCGACCAGGCCUGGUGGGCGUCCCGCGCCACGCAAGCGUUGCAGUGCGGCUGGUGGCGCUGCAGCCGGUGUCUCGUCCGGGUCAGCUUGGGCAAGCAUGGCUUUGUCUGCCCCGGCUGCGGGAACCCUUGCGAGAAGGAACGGCAGCACUACCGGACGACGAUCUUGGACUGA